GGCGGAGCAUGGCGGUGCUGGAGGGGCUGUGCUUGGCGGCAGCUGCCGCCUUGGCUUGGGGCUUCCUCUGGGUUCGGGACGCUUCGGAACGAAGCUGGAGUCCCGAGCACGCCGGCCUGCAGAGGGGGGGAAACCGGACCCUUCUGGUCAUCGCACACCCCGACGACGAAGCCAUGUUCUUCGCGCCCACGGUUUUAGGCUUGCAUCGCCUCCAGCGCCGGGUGUCCUUGCUUUGCUUCUCCGCUGGAAAUUACUACAAUCAAGGGGAGAUUCGUAAGAAAGAACUUUUGCAGAGUUGUGAGGUUUUGGGGAUUUCGCCCUCCCAUGUGAUGAUUAUUGAAAACAGGGACUUCCCAGAUGACCCAGGGGUACAGUGGGACACAGAGCAUGUGGCCAGUGUCCUCCUCCAGCAUAUCCAAGUGAAUGGCAUCGAUCUGGUGGUGACUUUUGAUGCUGGAGGAGUAAGUGGUCACAGUAAUCACAUCUCUCUGUAUGCGGCUGUGAGGUCCUUGCACUCUGAAGGAAAGUUACCUAAAGGGUGUGCUGUACUCACGCUGCAGUCUGUGAAUUUGCUGCGCAAGUACAUCUCCUUUCUGGAUCUGCCUUUUUCUCUGCGCCGUACCCAGGAUGUUCUCUUUGUGCUCACCAGCAAGGAAGUGGCGCAUGCCAAGAGAGCCAUGUUCUGCCACCGCAGCCAGCUUCUCUGGUUUCGCCGCCUCUAUAUUCUCUUCUCUCGGUACAUGAGAAUCAACUCUCUGGAUUUCCUCUGAAGCCCAAAGUUUCCUGAUCCAGGAGAGAAGGAAAGAAAGACCAGGAAGUCCAGGGCCUGGUGUGGAGUCAGUUCAUCUCUCUGAGCUGAAGGACAGCCCCCAGCAGGGUUGCUUGAAACUUUGUUCAUGUUUGGUGGCCAGACAGGCCACAGUGCUCUCCAGACUCCAACAGCUGCGUUGUCGUCGUCUUCCUUUUUUUUUUUUUUUAUUAUUGUCAUACAAUAUUUAUUU